AUGAACCACGCCCGAGUCAAAGCCCUCAAGGGCAACGGGAAGACAGUCUCCAAGAAGGCGAUCAAGUCGGGUCGUGCGUCGGGCGCUAGCACGCCGCGAGGCUCUCCGCUGCCUUCGCUGUUGACGUCCCCGAGCCAUUCCGCUGCACAGAGCCGCGUUACAUCCGAUGUUAGUGACGAAGAUGUCGACUUCGAAUUGGACGACAUGGCAUCCAGCGUCUACUCUGGCGGAUCUGGCGAAGAAGUGAGCGACGAGCCCGACACCCAUGUCUUUGACGUCAGCGCCUUUAUCACGAGCAUCAGAGACCGAAAACGCAACAACGGCGAGAUGCGCGAACAUUCUCUCAGCCUCUACAUCAACAAGAUUCGGCACCAAUAUACCGCCGAGACCCAUCUUUGGCUCGAUGAUGCCGCGAGCGAGCUUGCAGAGCUUUUUCUUCAUGACGCCAAUCGUGCCGCCACGGCCAAGGAGCGACUGCUUAGUCUGCAGGCCUUUGUCCUCACAGUCGGAACGGUCGAUACCCUCGAGAUUUACGAUGGCGCGCAAAGGAUUCUCAAGCAGAUCUUGAUGGACGAUGAUGACGACGACUGCCGCGUCUACGCGAUAUACGCACUUUGUGUGACGGUGCUCUACGCCGGUGGCCUGGAAGAGGCUGCCCUGGAGGUGAUGGAAUAUUUCGUCGAGAUUGUGCGCACCGACGGAGAGCACAUCGACGCACAUGACAAUGUCGUCAUCGUCGCAGCCGCUCUGCAGGGGUGGUGUUUCGUUGCCAGUCAUGUGGCCGACUUCUCCGACUAUGCCGACGCGGCCAUGGAUGCGUUUGUGGACCAGCUCGAUAGCGACGACGUUGAGAUCCAAUCCAACGCUGGCGGAUGCAUCGCCCUCAUCUUUGAGGCGUCGCGUCACCAUCUGGAAGAGACGGGCGAGCCUUUUCAGCUUCAGUACGAUCCCCAGAGGCUGGCCGAUCGCAUGAGGGAACUGGCCAAGCUGAGCGCCAAGUCGGUCUCGAGAAAGCACCGCCGGAAUCUGCGAGAGAGCCUGGUCAGCGUAGUGACCUCGCUCGAGAGGGGCGUCGGCCCAUUUUACUCCACGGCUCAGUACAUUCCCGAAAAGGGCGAGCAUGUGCCGGCCUCGUUGCGUACUGACGAGGGACGGGCAGAGUAUGGUUACCGGUGCAAGCUGAGGCUGGGCAAUCAAGUUGCCAAGGUUGACAACUGGUCUCUCUACUUUAGAGUGAACUUUAUGAGAAUUAUCUUCAAGGGCGGGCUUCAGCACCACAUCUUUGUCAACCCGGUCGUUACGGAGUGCUUGGAUGAUGCAGAGUUUGUCCAGGACUACUCGCCACUUCAGAAACCACCCAAAGGCCGGAAGAAAUGA